AUGUUGGGCAGAAUUCAAUCGGUUACCACAGGCUUGCUUUCUAAAUCUACUCUCUUGGCUACCAAGACAAUUUACUACGGUAAAGUGGGCGCUGAGCUUUCCAAGCAAAUCUAUUUGAGAGAAAAAUUGCAACCACCAUCCAUUGAUGAAUUCAAGAGAGCUUACAUUGGAUUGUACCAAAGAGGCUUUUACUAUGCCUCCAGACCUAAGGAUAUUGUCAAUCUUGUGAAGGCUUUUAAGAAGGACGAUUACAUCAAAUAUACUGCCUUCUUUGUGCAAUUAUUGGGUUUCUACUCUGUAGGUGAAAUAAUCGGCAGAAGAAAGCUCGUUGGUUACAAGGACUACAACAACCACCAUUAA